CAUUUCAAAACAUUCAAACCAUCAAAUCUGAAAUUUGAAAAAAUCAAAAUCAUUAAAAAAUGUCAGGGCGAGGAAAGGGAGGAAAAGGGUUAGGAAAGGGAGGAGCGAAACGACAUCGUAAGGUGCUUCGAGACAAUAUCCAGGGCAUCACCAAACCGGCCAUCAGGAGGCUCGCAAGGAGAGGGGGAGUGAAGAGAAUCAGCGGGCUGAUUUACGAGGAGACCCGCGGAGUGUUGAAGAUCUUUUUGGAGAAUGUGAUCCGUGAUGCCGUUACUUACACGGAACACGCUCGUAGGAAGACCGUCACUGCUAUGGAUGUUGUUUAUGCUUUAAAGAGACAGGGCAGGACUUUGUAUGGUUUUGGUGGUUAGAUAUUUUUAGAGGUUUAUGUAUGUAUCGUGUAUGUAUACAUGCCUUAUUAUUAAGUUUAUUAGUAUUGUGGAUCUGUAAGUGGUGAUGAAUUUAAUUCAUCUUAUUAUAAUGUUUAGUUGAAUUUCACCUAAA